CUCGAUCAGUUGCUGGGUUUGCUUUCUGAAAAUAACAGAUUCGGCCACGGGCAAUGAAGAUUUUGCCCUUGAUUCCAUGCUCUGUGUCUCAAAUUUAAGGCUCAUACCAGACCAAAACGAUGGAGAAGAGGAAACUCACACAAAGGGAUGCCUUUACUAUUCUUCUGCUAUAAAAUCCAAAUUGAAGAAUCCCACUGACGUUGGCAAUCUCAUGCGUUUUGGAGGAGCGGGUUCUGAAGCGAGCAUCCAUCUCCAUUUGGAUCAUUGAUGUCCAAGCCAAGGGUGUCCUCAUUCGCAGGAAUGAAGGUGGCGCCUUUCUCAUGCACACCAACUGUUCCACAUGUGGCCCAUUGAGCUAGGUAUGAAGAGUUAGGGCUGUGUGCUACUCCCAUUAUAAAUUUUAUUUACCAGCUUUUAUAUGAAAAUCCGUGGUCAAAUUUACCAGCAAAAAAUUGAGGGAAACCAAAGAAUACAUGAACACCAUGGAAAAAGCACUGGGUGGCAGUAGGCUCCCUAAACAGGUUUAAAGUUCUGCUAGAAUUUCUGCAAACGUUGUUUAGCCAAAUGAUAUGUUGGCACAGGGAGAGGCCAAGGUUUCACAUUGUGAAGAUUGACAAAACUACCAAUCAAAAGGUUCUUUUUUAAUAUGCUUCAUAUUUCUCUGAAGAAAUAGCCAGGGGAAUUCUUUGGGAGAAAGAAGAUCACAUAAAUUCACUUUCUGAGCUGAUCAUGUUGGCAUUUCUUCUCAAAUUUGAUGAAGAAGCUGUUGGGUUUUGAAGUUAAAUAAUUUGCAAGUUUUUGUGGAGGAUAAGUUUCUGUCAGCAGCCUAGGCAUGGUGAGCACAGUUGAUAUUCCUUGUGAGUGAGUAGGCAUGGCAUAUGAAGUAUGGCUGGGUGAAGGAUAUGGUAGUUUGUAAUAUUAGGCUUAUUUGGAAAAAUUAGACUAUUACAAAGGAGAUUUCAUCUUCACAAGGAUGAUUACUAUAGGAAGCAUUCCGGUUGCUCAGAGCAAUAGGGCACAAUUGCUUCCACUACUGCCUGCUAGGGUGCCUAUUUAAGGAUCAUUCAGGUACAAUUCCUAUGCUUUACUAAAGUUUGCUCUGAUUUUUUCUUAUAAGAAAACAGCUUGAAUUCAACUUAAUAUAGUCUGGUAGUAUAGCUCUACUUGUCAAUUUCUACUUUUGAAAAGAAGAUCUACUUUGACAAGUGAGCUUUAUAAAUGUAUAGACACAAUUUUGUACAACUUGGAACUCAACUUUUUCUUGUUUCAUAAUGCCCCAUGUCCAGAAAUUUUGAUUUACUAUAAUGGAGACAUCUGUUUUAAAAAUCAGUUACAUGUUAGGUAGUCUCUAGCAUUGUCCAUGACAUCUAACAUUAAAAAACUCAUCUAGGAAAGUUCACUUCUUUUAACAUUCAAGAUAGAUUGUGAGAUGCAAGCUUCAGAAGAAGCUGAGGUUGAAAGAAUGUCAAUGAUCGGAUGGGCAACACCAGAUGCUCAAUGCGUGGAGGAGAAAAAUAAAAUACAGUGGAAAUUGGCUUCAAGCAAUUGAACAACUUCAUCUUCUGUAGGGAUAAUGUAGUUGCUCACUUCUUGAUUCAAUUGCUGCUGAUGAAGUUCAAGGAAAAGAAAAGAGCCAGAAGAAACAAUCCUAUCAGAUGGAUGCAUGCACAUGGAGAAGACACAUGCAUCUUUACAUUCCCAAGGAUGCUUUGCAGGGUUUGUCUUGCAGAAAUCCUCAAAGGGAUCACCACUUCGUGCAGCAGGCAUGCCAGGCCACUUGCUUGCUACAAGAUGUGCCAAAUCAACUACCCUUUGGCUACAAAUAACCAUCAUAUUACUGCUAGUAACUGGCCACCACCUUAACCAUGUCGUCUCCCAUUACCAUGGUUAGCAAAGUGUCAAUGUUAGAAGAAACAUCACUGCACCUGAAGUCCAUUGACACAAAAGGAACAUCACAGACGGUCAAUAUGCCUUCAAUGGCUCCUCAGCUACCUUUCUAAAGGCAACAUUGACAUCCUCAGCUGUAAUCCCCUUCUCAACAUUCACAACAAGGCUAACAAUUGAAAAACUUGGUGUUAGUACACGGAGUGCAAUGCUAUUGAGCUUGCCGUAGAGCCGGGGUAGAACAAGACAGACGACCUUGGCUGCACCAAUACUUGUUGGGACCAUGUUCGAUGCUAUUGGAAUUCAUUUGGAAUUCAAAAUUCUUUGAAUUAGCUCAAGCUCUAUAUCCAAGUAGUAUUUUGGUCAGUGCAAGUACUUGGUCUCCAAUUUAUGAAUAGGUCAUUGUCAUUGUUCCCUUUACAAUUCUUGCAUAUUAGUUUCAAUGAAGUCAAAGAAAACUCAUAACAAGGUUAUGUGAAAUUUGCCAAGUGAUGAUUAGUUAUUAAAUAACAAAUCAACAG